AUGGAAGAUAAAAAGAAAUGGCAGAAAAUACAUUACGAGAAUUUGAAAAGGGCGGGAAUUUUACGAGCGUUAGAAUUGAACGGUUUGAUGUUAGCAGGGUGGACAAUGAAAGGCGGUCACGUGAUUAACUUAAGCAGACGACCAAAUGAAAUCGGUUACGAAACGAACGGCCCAAUGUCAACAGACGACAAACUAAAUAGAGCUUGCGCCCAAAUAGAAGAUAAAAACUUUGAAAUGUUUUUAGAAGACAUGCAGAAAGAAGAAAAUGAACAUAACAAUCAUUAUAAAAAUAUGUUCUGCAACUGCGCAUGGCUUGUUUAUCAAAUGCAGUUGACUUUAGACACAUCAACGGACGAAACGGGAUGUCUAUUGCCUAUGUUCUUCAAUAGAAAUAACGAUCAUAUGUAUAACAAACUGGCGACAUCCUGA